AUGGUUGAUUCCGGAGCCGGGGUCAAUGUGAUCAGUGAAGAGACUUGGUCGUUCCUGAAGAAACAGAAAGUGGAAGUGGAGUAUCAAACGAAAAAAGUCGCGAAAACCUUGCUGGCGUACGGAAAUCAUCGGCUGUCCGUGAAGGGAAUGUUUGUGGCGAAAAUCGAAACCAAGAAGUCCUGUGCGCGCGACAAAGUCUUCGUUGUCAAAGAAAGUGGAUUGAACCUUUUGGGGCGAAAAGCGGCGAAGGACCUUGGAAUCCUCAAGAUAGAUACGUCGAUCUGCACCAUAAAGAAAAGUGAUGAUAAAGUCGGAAAGGUAAAAGGUGUAACCGUGUCCAUCCAAAUCGACCCUGAUGUGAAACCCGUCCAGCAUUCACAAUGUCGGAUUCCGAUACCGCUACAACCGAAGGUGGAGAAUGAAGAACGUAAUCAAUCGUCGCUCCCUUUGCACUGUCCAAUCCCUCAUCGAAUCACGAAUAGGACCUUUUGA